AUGAACAAACCCUUAAAAUAUCCAUCUAAUGAUGCAUCUGUUUGCUGGCCAUCUUUUUAAUCCUGCAAUUUCAGCUCUCUGCCAUUAAACAAUUCCGCUGAGAGCAAUCCUCAUAUGCCACUAAGCAAGUUUAGUGACUCUGAAAGCGAAAACAAUCGUGUUCCCAAAAAAUUAGAAAAACUUUGCUCCAAUCAUUGCUACAGUAAGGAAGAAAAUCGAAAAUCUCUUCUUAUCCAAUAUGAAAAGUUCUGGUAUUCAAAAAUUAUUUUAUCCAACAUAAUAAACCUUACACUCUUAGGUUUUGCCUUCUAUUUACCUUACCUUUACUUCGAGAACUCUAUGUAAUUAGAUUAUGAUAAUUUCUAGUGA